CAGCACUGAGCCGUUUCUCCUCCAGACCACCAGGGGGCACAACAGAAACUUCCCCUCUGCGUUCCGGCAACACACUCUUUGCUUUCAGACAAAGAAUGCCAUAAUUAAACAAACGUUGCAACGUUACAUCUGAUGUGAUAUUCAUGAUAAUUCUGCACACAUCAUUUGCAUAAUAACAUAACUCAGAGUCGCUUCGUUGUCGCCACCGACACGUGUGGAAUAAACGAGGACAGCAAUGUUUUAAAUGAUGGUAUUUUUAAGAAAAGACAGACGUGAUGGACAUAAAGGGAGUCGGAUGAGCAACAAGGUGGAUAUCAUGUCCGACCCAGUUCAGACCACCUCCGGCAGUCUUUGCAAACUGGUCCGCUGGGCUCACAGCCACGGAACCAUCUGCGACCUCAUCCCCAGCCUGCAGCACCUCACCUGUGGUUCCCAUGGUAAUGUGCUGGCACCUGAACCCGGUCUCCAUGGUAGCGGCGUACCCGUGGCCCUGUGGGGUUGUGCGGCCGGCCAUUCUUACCACUGGCCCCUCAGUGACCACAACAACGGCUGGAGAGGCGCAUCAAAUACCAGCCAAGGCCAGGAAAGGUUUGUUGGAGGGCGCCGGUCCAGUAAGGUGACAGCGGGAGCGUCAGGUGACCUCUACUAUAGCGAGGCAGCAUCAGACGGGGAGGAAAGCAGCAGCCGGGGCUUUGACAUCACCGGGUGUGAAUCCUCGGCCACGGACGGCGACGGUGACUACCAGCUCCGCCCAUCCAGGAAAAGAGGCGGGGCACAAGGAGGAGCAAUUAUCAGGAAGAAGGUCAAGAAAGAAGCGACCUGUGCAGAGGACCACGACGCUGCCGGCACGGACGCCGUCCACGUGUCACAGGCUCGUCAGGCCCCAAACGCACACUCUCAGAUCACGUGCACACUGUUUCCCAAAAAGCCCCUUUCACCCGGCCCUCACCCACCGCAUGGGCAGUACCUGAGGUGGGAGAGGUCAGAGGGCCCAGAGAUGGAGCUGCUGGGAGGAGGCGGCUGCGGAGCAGGGACCGCAGAGCGAGCCGAGAGGAGCUGCUCCUCCACGGGGACCACGGAGACGACCGCGGCCGCAGGGGAGCAGGACGAGCUGGAGAAGCUGCACGCGUUACUGUGUGCAGAACGCAGCCGCAACCAGCAGAUGUCGGACAUCAUCUCCGGCCUGAAGCAGGACAAAGAGCUCCUGCAGAAUGAACUCACCAAGAAAGCUGAGCUCAUCUGUGACUUUCUGCAGGACAAACUGCGGCCAGAAAAGAGGUGGCCUUGCUGCUCCGACCCGAUGGAACCGGGAAGUUCACACGUGCCGUCUUCUGACGACGCGCCAGGGGUCGAUUCCCCGACGCUGUUCGACUCCUUUGAGGAGAUGGAGCUUCACCCUCUGGACCACGGCCACCGGACCCUGAAGAGCAAGAGGAGCCGGGACGGAGAGAACCCCCGCGUGAGGAUGAAAAACGUGGCGGGCGUCAUAGCGCGCUACAUGGCGGCCCUGCAGGAGUUCCGCCGCAGCGUUUCCAUGAAGGUGGCCUUCGACCGGGUGGGCGUGGACCGCAACACAAUCUCCCGCACGGCCGCCAUAGCCGAGCUCAGUCUGGCCGCCCCCGUGGUGUUUCACGCCAUGGCACCGUGGGACGAGAAGGAGGAGACGCUGGCCCACUAUGCCCACCGCUGCCGGCAGGCCAUGGACGACAGCAUCAAGACCAAGAUCAAAACGAUGAAGGCCAAAGGCGAACUGCUGCCCAUAGUGUCGAAGUGAACGAGCCGCAGGCGAAGGCCGGGGUGUUAAUGGCUCCUUGCUAACCCCUUACCUUUGGCCUUCUCGAGGAUGGACCCCAACCCAUUGUCAAACUCGGCCUUUCACCUUGAUUUCAACUACACGCCUUUAAAGAGUCACGACUGCAUCUUGCACGGUUCCAGCGCCAUCGAGCUGAAAUUAAUCUGUGAACAGACGGUACUCAAAAGCACUCCUGUAGUAGUUUAGCCAUGACGACACACGUAUAGACUCACAUGGGGGAAAACAGCAGCUUUGCUGUGGUGGCUCGUGACACUGACAUGGUAUGAGAAUCUGCAGUGGCCCACUGACCACUUUCAAAGCUUCAGUCAAUGUUCAGCGACAAUGUUUUUUUUGUUUGAAGCGUGUUGCCUGGAUUGUUUUUAGGUCAAAUAGUUUGAAUUGGGUUAUGAAGAAGGCAAAUAUUCUUUUGUUUCAAAAAGGAAUAAACACUACUCCUAA